AUGCCCACUCUCAAAGCCCGCAUCCUCAGCUGGAUCAUCUGGUGGUGGUUCAAGAGUACAUGGUCUUCCGCAGAGGGCAUCAACAACCGCAUCGCCAAAGAGCGCCAGCGUCCUGAGCGAAUCCCGCCCAAACACAUCUACAAGGAGUUCGCUGUCGAGGACUACAAGCGAAAGGGUCGCUACGCUGACUACCUCGUUUACAUAAUCUCUCCCAAAACAGAGACGCCUACCCGUGGCCGCAUCCUCUAUCUCCAUGGCGGCGGUUUCGUCUUUGACAUCACCCCGCAGCAUUGGGAGAUCGUGGCACAGCUUGCCCGCCGUCUGAAUGCCACCGUUACAGUGCCCCUGUAUCCUCUUGGCCCAGAGACGUCCCUCAUGAAAAUGUACGAGUCCGUGCAGCCACUCUACGAUGAACUCGCUUCUGCCCCAGACCAGACGCCUUUCUGGGUUGUGGGUGAUUCAGCUGGAGCCACCAUGUCUCUUGUUCUCACUCAAAACGCAAAGCGGGCCGGCCGUCAGACUGCCCAACGCCUAGUGCCCAUCACACCAUGCACUGAUUCCAGCCUUGUCAACCCUGACUUGCAUAACGCUGCUCUCAGAGACCCGUGGCUUGACGUCCCAGGCAUUGCUGAAAUCACAAGGCUCAUUUGUCCUGAGAUGGACACGCAGCACCCCAACGUGAGCCCCAUCUACGGAGAUCUGAGAUUGCCGCCCAUGCUGGUCUUUGCAGCGGAGCUAGAUCUCCUCACCCCAGACACCAGGAGGAUGGUCGAUAUGGCCAAAGACGAAGGCACCAAGGUCGAGCUGGUGUAUGGAGAGGGCAUGAUUCACGUGUGGCCAAUUCUACCCAUCUGGGAAGGGAAGCAAGCUAUCGAUAAGAUAGUCGAGUGGUUGGAGUAUGCGUAA